GUCACACUAACGAACCGUAUGCAGGAGAACCUGAUACAAAAAACGAGCGCCAAAAUGAUUCCCGCCAAAAUGUUACAGUGGCGCGCCGUCGUUUCAGCGCCCACAACAAAGCGCUGUGCAUACGCAUCUGGCAAUAAUACGACAUUGUGUGACUUUGUUUUUGGAUCAAAAUUGUUUGUAGCUCAGCUGAGAAGGGGAACUUCAUCCAGGACGGUGACCAAGAUCUUUUUUCACAGCAGUGACGCUUUCCACCAUGAUCAAAGCACACAAAGCAGACCUGUGGAUGGUUCUACUUCUAGUUGCUAUUGGCGUCCAAGCAAGUCAUCUCGAGGAUGGAGCCAUCUUCCUGGAGCGAGGCAACCCUGGCAUCCUGUCCUGCCCUCUCGUCGCAUCCGGACGAAUCCCGCUGGAUCAGAUCGAAGUCAUGUACUGGUACUUCCCCCAAGUACGAGAUGAAGACAUCUUGAUCUCCUACUUCCUAGGGAACGUCGCUCCACAAAACGGCAUCCCGGAGGGCGUGUAUGACAUCAACAGAAAUUUCUCUCUGGUUGUUGAGAACGUCACUGAAUCAGAUGGAGGGACCUACUUCUGUAGGGUCAAACCGAAGUGGAAAGUGGUGGUUGAUGGGCACGUGACUAUGCGUGUCAAAGUAUCACCCACGGAGCUGUUUCCCGACGUGACCCAAUGCACUGCACGCAUUACGGAGACUGCGUGCGAGGCAGUGUUGCCAUACGACAUCAAGAACCCGUGGUUGAUGUGCAUUGUACGGGAUACCAAGCCUGCCGUGGCUCUCCGAUGGCUGCUGGAGUAUAGUGACGGCGACACACAACUUAUAAGCGACAGGUUCACCGUACAACCGAGUGAGUAUUCAGUGAACACCUUCACUACCUCAGCAUCAAUCCCAAUUAUAGCGAGUAAUUCGGCCCCCUACAUGUACAGAUGUCAAGCAUACGGGGAGGCUCUGGGCGCCAGGAAUGGUAGCCACGUGACGGUGACGGUGACUGUCACCACAGCUCAUCAUACCACGCAAACACCACAUUUUCCACCAGUUGCAACUAGCUCAGCUGUAACGGAUAAGGAGGCUCCAUAUACUUCGCAUAAUGCAGUGAUUGGGCCUACAGACACUCCAGAUGGCUAUCGAUAUGCCUUUAUUGCGACUACAGUUGCCCUUUGCCUGGCCCUAGUUGUCAUCGUUGGUUUGGUUAUUGCUGUGUGCAAGUUACAGACGGACAGUAAGGCGGAUAAUAGCAAUGAUACGGUUGCGAACCAUGCAGGAAACUUGAAGAGGUUCAGUGGAAAUGAAGGAUCCAAGGGUGAACUUUGCGAAAUGGAUCUGGAGUCCGAAGUCCUGAAACCACUUCACCAUUGCUGAACAUUUAACAUUGCUGAACAUUUAUUUCAACGUUGUUAUGUCACUAGAGAUAUUAAAUCGUUAUGUUAACAUUUAAGCAUACAAAAUAUAAUACGAAGUAAUUUUACACAACACCGUUAUUAACAUACAUAAUCCACAUACAUAAUCCACAUAACAACACGGGGAUAGGGUGAAGCGAUCGCUUUUGUUUCCUGAUCCGUUGGACACUUAAAGACUGACAAUUAAGUACGAACUAAGGACAAUGACAGACAAACAAACA